AUGGCUUCAGGAGCCUUCUUCAAUCCGAGGGUCCUCCUCUUGGCGACACCACUUGUCUCAUCAAGUAUCACCCUCUGGUUCGCCCGCGACCAGAGUUUCUUCCUUUCUCUCUUCACCAAAGCGCCCAUCGAGCGCAAGAAAGCCAACGAGAUCAUCCCGGGCUAUAUCACCAACUUCUACGGCUCCGGUCCCUGGGCGGUCCUAACAUUCGUCGGUCUCACAUUCACCACUUCGCUCAGAAACAUUUGGUAUGAACGCGCUCUCCUAGAAUCUCGCGCAUCGCUGUUCUGGUACGGCUGGUCUGCUGCUCUUGCGCUGGGUCACCUGGCGUAUGUCCCUGCUGUGGCGUGGAAGCUUAGGGCCCUGUGGGAAGAUAAUUGUGAGGUUGAGGGGACGGAUAAUGUUGGGAUGUUGGAGAGAUGGUUGACUGUUAAUAAUGUGAGGAUGUUUACUACGGAUCUUGGCGCUUGGGUUUGUGCUGUUGUGGCUAUUUCAAAGACGUUGACCGUUUAA